GCUGCGGGAUCUUCUGGACACAUCGGCUGUGCACGUGUUUGCGUGACAGGCGAGCGCACCAAUCAUCGGCGGCCUCGCUGCUCCACUUCCCCUCAGCCAACGGGACGCCUGAGCAGCGCUCUUGUUAUCACCGGCCGGCUCCUCUCCUCUGGACCAAACCGCCUCCAUUCCCUUCCUUCUCUGUGGACCGGAGACAUGGCCGGCAUCUUGGCGUGGUUCUGGAACGAGCGAUUCUGGCUCCCCCACAACGUAACCUGGGCCGAUUUGAAAAACACGGAGGAGGCAACGUUCCCUCAAGCCGAGGACCUGUAUCUGGCGUGUCCUUUAGCCUUCUGCGUCUUCAUGAUACGACUGCUCUUCGAAAGGUUCAUCGCUCGACCAUGUGCCAUGGGUCUGAAAAUCCAGGCCAAUGGGCCUCAGAAAGCCCAGCCCAACGCCAUCCUGGAGAAAGUGUUCACCGCCAUAACCAAGCACCCGGAUGAAAAGCGUCUGGAGGGAUUGUCCAAGCAGCUGGACUGGGACGUGCGGACCAUCCAGCGCUGGUUCCGACAACGACGCAACCAGGAGAAGCCAAGCACUUUGGCCAGAUUUUGUGAGAGCAUGUGGAGGUUUACAUUCUACCUGUACAUCUUUACUUAUGGAGUGCGCUUUCUGAAAAAGACGUCGUGGCUGUGGAACACAAAAGAGUGCUGGUACAACUACCCCAACCAGCCUCUCACCGUGGACGUCCACUACUACUACAUAGUGGAGCUGUCGUUCUACUUGUCCCUGCUCUUUUCCCAGUUCACAGACAUCAGGAGGAAGGAUUUCCUGAUCAUGCUGCUCCACCACGUGGCGGCGAUCUCUCUCAUCACCUUCUCCUAUGUCAACAACAUGGUGCGAGUGGGAACCUUGGUCAUGUGUCUCCACGAUGCUGCCGACGUGCUGAUAGAGGCGGCCAAGAUGGCCAAUUACGCCAAGUGCCAGAUUCUGUGCAACCUUCUCUUUGCCAUGUUCGCCAUCCUCUUCAUAAGUUCCAGGCUGGGAGUUUACCCUGUGUGGAUCUUGAACACAACCCUGUUUGAGAGUUGGGAGAUAGUCGGGCCCUUCCCAUCCUGGUGGGUCUUCAACCUCCUCCUGCUACUGCUGCAGCUCCUUCACUCCUUCUGGUCGUACCUCAUCGUGAAGACAGCGUGGCAGGCCAUCUCCAAAGGAAAGGUCGGGAAAUGGAAUCCUUUACAUGUGUCUAAGGACGACCGCAGCGAUAUCGAGUCCAGCUCGGACGAGGAUGAGAGUCCUCCAGUCAACCAGAAGCAUCACAGCAGCAGCAGCACCAAUGGGACCAACAAGUCCCACGGGACAAACGGAUACUUGACAGGAGGCUCGUAUCCUGACGAACACUGAGCAGUAACUCAACACUGGAGCUGCGGCCGUCCAUCAUCCGUCUGUGUGUGUGUGUGUGUGUGUGUGUGUGUGUGCGGAGUGUGACCGUGUGUUUGCUUCUCUGACGUUCUUCAUGGUUUAUAUGCUUUUUGGUGGAAAGCUUUUUAUUUAUAUAUUUGCGUCAAACUGCACCGGAUGGUCUCAUUCAGCGCUACGGUUGGUCAUCUACACUGUUUAGCAAAUGAACCCAUCGAAGCAUGUCUGACAGAAAGGGGGUGUCCCACGUGAGGUCGGUGUGACUGAGUCAUGGGGUCCGCAGGAAGCCGCUCCACAGUCGAUGUCAGUGUUGCAGCAGCCAUUGUUCAUCUCGACCAUCGCCAAAUGCUGAACAUGUGUAAGCUACACCCCCAAAGAUAUGCCUCAAUGAUGACUGCUGAGUUUGUCUCUGCUCACCAAUCGUAAGGGUCGUCUCACUUUUAGAACCAAGUGUAUGCGAUGUCAAUAACAGUAUUUCGUGUGUGCGUCUGAUGUGACUGAUACUGUACUCGCUCUUUUGUUUAGUAUUCUGGCUGAUUUGGGGGAAGAUCAUUUCAUCACUGGCCAAAUGCCUUCUCACAUGGAAAACCUCAGUUGUUUCAAUUAUUCAAUAAAUGAA